ACCGAACGCAUCGAACCGGUUAUCAUGCAGGCCCUCACUCAGUGUGCCCCGGCAUCCAUGCCGAGCGUGCGCGUCCGCGUGAACGCGCGCGGACCGGCGAGAUCCGCCGCGCGAGCGAUGGUGAUUCGCGCCCGAGCGAUAUCCACCUCAGGAGGCGGAAGUCCCGUCGACGCGGCUUGGCGUGGCAACACCCCGAAGCAGAGCACGCUUCCGGUCAACCCCGACGGAUCCGUCGACUACGCGCGCAUCGACGCGAGUCCGAUAUCCAAGGUGCUCACCGCGACGAUCCGCAAGCUGCUCGUCGAGGAGGUUGGCGGCGUGGAUAAGGAUCCGAGGCCGUGGACGGAGUUUGGCGGCAUCAUGAACGCCGUGCGGGAGGUGAACGACAUGGACGGGACCGCGCGGGACGUCCAGAUCCGCGCGAAACGGGUCUUCGCGGGCAUCCUCCCGGCGCUCGGGAUCGGCUGGGUGCCGCCGAUAUGGAAGAAGUUCAUCCACCCCAACGCCCCCGACUGGUUCUCCAACUGGGCAUUCGUGCUCGUGUUCACCAACCUCUUCCCGUGGCUCAUGGGACCCAUGGAGGGCGUGGAUCACGUGGACGUGCCCACCCCCGCGUGGAUCAGGAAGACGUUCGCCAACUUCCCCAAGACCUUCCGCGUUCCCCAGGCGGUCAAGGCUGAGCGGUGCAGGUUCCUCGAGAUGAGCCAAUGCGCGAGCGUCUGCGUCAACACGUGCAAGGCGCCGUCGCAGGAGUGGCUCAGCGAGGACUUCGGGAUGGACCUCCACAUCCAGCCCAACUACGACGACUUCAGCUGCCAGUGGAAGUUCAGCGUGAAGCCUCCGCCGCUGUACGAGGACGCGGCGGUGAUGGUCCCGUGCUUCUCGAAGUGCGACAGCGAGCACAAAGGGGAGAAGGAUGCGUUUCGUCAGCAGGUUCGAGUCGCGAGCGGCGUGGGCGUCGUGGACGGCGUCGACACGUACACCGGGGAGACUUUGGAGCAGAUCGCGAAGCGCGCGAGCGAGGCGGCGGUGCGCGACGCGCGGGCGGCGUACGCGGACGGCACGGCGGCGGAUGCGGAGUCGUUCGGGGCGAGAGCCGGGGAGGUGAAGAAGGGGGGGAAAUGCUGGUCGGUGGAUGAGAACAGGCAGGUGAUGGGCGGCCUGUGAGUCCACCGGCAGCACGCGGGUGCCGAGAGGAGCUCGGGUAUCUCUAAAAAGUACAAAAGCAGCUAGCUAGCUAAAAAUGACGCCGCGGAUGUAUUCCUUCUCU